AUGAAAGAUAAUCUUUAUCGAGAUCAAUUUUCAGUAAGGAAUGUUGCCAGUGAUUAUACUGAUCUAAAUUCUUGUUUUGUUUAUAAGAAGAAUUACCGACUUGAAUUAAGUGCUAAUGAUAUCGAAAGUACAGAGAGUGUCGAAUUCAAAGACGACUGCUUGAGAUCAUGUCUGAGAUCAUUACUGUCUGGUGGAUUUGUUUGUCGCUCACUAAUGCACAUGCCCAAAGAUCAGGAUUGUGUACUUACUGCAGUUGACGGACAAAAAGCUGUACGUAUCGAACAGAAACCAUCUCAAAUACCAGUGAACUUCUAUGAGAAUUUAUGUGCCAAACCACCUGCACUAGGAGGUGUUGUUGAAGGGUUAUUGCGAGGUUUUAAAGGAGGUGAUGGAAUAAUCAAAUUUGCACAAUCAAGAGGAUCAAGCUCAUUGAUGUUUGUCAUUCUGGAUGGAGUUCAUGUCAAUAAGGACUUCGAAAUUGCUUUCUAUGAGGACGACAUUAAAGAUUGUUUCAAAAUAACACAAGAAGAGGGACAAAAUAGUAAGAAAUUGAUCACUAUAAACUCUGACAAUAAUGGAAUGGCUAUCCAGCCAUGGACUGAAAUUGAAUUCGAUAUACUGAAUGAUUCCAUACUCAAUAAAACAGUAACUGUAAGGGAAACAGCAAAUAACGAAGUAAUUCUCUGCGGCAAGCUAAAGGUGAAAGGAAGUUCAGAAGAAUGGCAGAGAGCCAAAAAUUAUGCAAAUGUUAUUAGAUCUAAAGAAUAUUGCUUAAUUGCGACGAUUUGUGGUUUAAUGAUGCUUUUAAAUUUAUAG